AGUUUACCUUAAAGACUCUUUGGUAGGUAUGGUGAUCAGUUCAGCCUUUAGUCCGAUAUGUCUUUUUAAAAUUAAAAGAUUUUAUAGUCUCGAACAGGUUUAUGUUUAUGGUUAGACGGAAGACGGCAUAUCUUUGAACGGAUCUUCAGUUUAUGCCGGAGGUGUCCAAAAUGCGGCCCGGGUGCCGUUUUUAGCCCUUGGAAUAAUUUUGUGUGGCUCCCAACCACAGUUCAAGAAUGGUUCAAAAUUUGCCCUCCAGCAAAUGAAGGUAACUUUGGAAAAAUGCCCUUGCAUGGUAAAAUAGUGGUUAUUAAGAGGAAUGGAGAAGAUGGGACUGAGUUUCCUCUGACUGCAUCAUGUUUGUUUGGAAGGAAGGCCGAAUGUGACAUUCGUAUUCAGCUUCCUCACGUCUCCAAGGAACACUGCAGAAUUGACUUGAAUGAAAAUAAAGAGAUAAUUUUGACCAAUCUGAGCUCAGCCAAUCCGAUACAUGUCAAUGGAGAGGAUCUCCAUCAGUCUGAACGCUUGAAGCAUGGUGAUGUGAUAACUAUUGUUGAUCGUUCUUUCAGGUUUGAGUAUGCGCCUACACCAAAACCAAAGAAGAGGACUUCUGAAACCCUGAAGGUUCUUCGAGAUCAGCAGGUGGCUGACAGUGUUGUUGCUGACGCAGUAGAAAGGAGAAACUCUGAAGUUUCUACAGGCCCUCAUUUCAAAGAUGGUGCAAACUAUGACAACAUACAGCAAUCUUUGGAGAAAACUUUGGAAAUGGACUCCCAGGAUGAUGGGCACCACUCGCCGUUCAGUGAUCUGUAUCAAAUGAUCAAAAAGUCUCUGGAUGUCGAGACCCCUCGCAAGUCUUCUGCAAGUCUGGUUCAGACACCAUCUUGGAAGUUUUGCACUCCGAGACCUGGUUCAGUUGUCAAGAAGGGAGAAAAAGAUGUCUUUCUCAAGCACAAGAAGGAAGAAGCAAAUCUCUAUGCAGAUCUCAAAGGUACAGGCAAUGAAACCCCAGAGCCUGUUAAGAAGCAGGGGAAGACCUUCAAGGUUCCUUCUGCCGAGGCAUCUGGAUUCAGAGUGGAAGAGGCCAGAAAGUCUGGAGCUGCUUUGCUGCCAAGAAGAAGUUUAACUCCUGGGAACUUCGCUGCAGAGGUUUUUGAGCAAAUUGAAACUUCAACAUCUAAGUCACCUCUCAGAAGAAGAAGCAAGGCAUCCACACCAGAAAAAUCUGCUGUGUUCAUGGAACAAGAAGUACAAGCUGUUAUGUCUCCAAAAAUGGAAAAACCCCCAAAGAGGUCUCCUAAAACUUCAGGAUCAGCUGAAAAAGUAAAAGUAUCCAAAAAACGCAAGAGUGAGGAGCUUGGGACAGACCUGCCUAUACCAAACAUGAAAAGGAAACGCGUCUCCUUUGGGGGACAUCUGAGCCCGGAGUUAUUUGACAAAUGCCUCCCUCCUGAUUCUCCACUGCGCAAAGGGGCCUCUCCAAGGAGAAGCUUGUCUGUAUCUAAAUCCAAGCUGUCUCUCCUUAGAAGAGCUUCUGUCAUUGGGUUGCUAAAAGAGCAGAGGACUCCAUCCCUGAAGAAGCUGUUCAAAAAGAGUUCUUCUCCCAAGACGCCACCUGGAAAGUCAUUGCCAAAAUCCAGAUCUCCUUCACAAGCUAAGAAGUCUCCACAGUCCAAAUCUACUUCUCCCAAAGCCACAUCUCCUGGGGGAAAGUCACCUAAGGCUGCAACUCCAGCCCAGAAGUCUUCAAAAUCCAGGCCCACUUCACCCAAGGCUGCAACUCCAGCCCAGAAGUCUCCAAAAUCCAGGCCCACUUCACCCAAGGCUGCAACUCCAGCCCAGAAGUCUCCAAAAUCCAGGUCCACUUCACCCAAGGCUGCCACUCCAGCCCAGAAGUCUCCAAAAUCCAGGCCCACUUCACCCAAGGCUGCCACUCCAGCCCAGAAGUCUCCAAAAUCCAGGUCCACUUCACCCAAGGCUGCCACUCCAGCCCAGAAGUCUCCAAAAUCCAGGUCCACUUCACCCAAGGCUGCCACUCCAGCCCAGAAGUCUCCAAAAUCCAGGUCCACUUCACCCAAGGCUGCAACUCCAGCCCAGAAGUCUCCUAGGUCCAGGGCUUCCUCUUCCAAGGCCCUGACAAGCUUGACACCAGCUAAAACACCCUUGAAUUCAGGAAUCCAAACCCUGUCUGUCCAAGGACGCUUCUCUGUUUCGCGUAUCCAGACCCCCUCUCCAACUGCAGAAGUUGUACAACAGCCACCUUUACUUACUGUUACCCCAAAAAUGCCACUGAGGAGGAAGAGCAUGAAGAGUACAUCACAAAGGACUCCAGGUGUUGCCAGGAGUGCAGUAAAGGUCCUUCAGAGAAGAAGUGGAAUUUCACGGGCAUCAAUGAAAGUUCCAAGUUCCUGGGCAAAUGUUGUAAAAUUUGGACAAACCAAGGCUUCAGCUGCUGCUCCAACUGAAAAGAAGAUCACUCAGAAACCCCUCAAGAAGGGCACGUCUAAGCCACAGACACCUGCCAGGAAACUAAAGGGCCACACAAGCACUGGGCACGCAGAUUCUCCUGCCACCAUUGUUGUGGGAAGAGCUCACAAAAGAAUCAUUGCACAUCCAACUGGAGCUGCACCAAAAGUGGUCACGAAUGCUGCAUUGUUCAAAAAAGAUAUGAAAAUGGAUGAAGACUUGACAGGGCUUUCUGAAAUGUUCAAAACUCCUAUAAACGAGAGGAGACGGAGGUCUUUGGUCAAUGUCAGCAGUGCCAAGAAGACCCCAUCAAGGGCUUCUGUGGUGGAACCAUCGGUUCUAAACACCCCAGAGGAGCCAGAUGAAAUGAUGGUGUCUCCACUGACUGUAGCGUCUUCAGUAAAGAGUCGAACAUACAACAGUGAGGCAGUCCAGCGUCUUCUCAGUGGAGACCAAGAAUCUAGUUUUGCCUUAGAAGUUUCUGAGUCUGAACAGCAGGGCACCGUUUCAAAGGCGAGCUCUGUUAAAACUCCCAAACAGAAACCAGAAUUACCAGUGUUUCUCACUGGAGUCAAGAGGAUCAUGAAGACACCAAAACAGAAGGCUGAGCCUGUUGAAGAUUUGAGAGGAAAACUCAUGAAAACUCCAAAACAAAAGCUUGAGCAACAACAGGAGUGUUUUACUGGAGUGAAGAGGAUUAUGAAGACCCCAAGACAGAAAGCUGAACCUUUAGAAGACAUCAGAGGUAAACUGCUGGUAACUCCUAAACAGAAAGCCGAACAACAAGAGUGCUUAACUGGGGUCAAACGAAUCUUUAAGACUCCAAAACAGAAAGCUGAAGACCUUCAAGGAAAACUCUUGAAGACUCCAAAAGCCAGAAAGACCGGUGACAUGAGUUUGGAUGGUGUUAAGGAGCUUCUCAAGAUGCCGAUCCACCAGUCCCAGAUGCUGGGUCUUACCACUGUUGAGAGAAUGAUGCCGAAACCCAAUGAGAAGAACGCUCUAGUUGAAGAUAUGGUCUGUGUGAAGAGGCUCCUGAGAACUCCCAGACAGAAAGGUAGACCUGUAGAAGACAACUUUGGCAUCAAAAGACUGAUGAGAUCCCCAAGACUGAGAGGAAAUCCUCCAGUGGAAGACUUUGAGGGACUUCAGGAGCUUCUGGAGGAGCCAGUGACUUACCUGACAGAGCAACAGACAGAUGAGUCAUCAGUUGCCAUGGAAUCAUGCCCUAAGAGUGAUGCAGACAAUAAUGUACCACAGCAGCAACCUGAAGUGGAGACUUCCACCAGCGCUCCCUUGGGGAAGACAUCUGUUUGGUGUAGAAGGGCAAAAACUGGUGAAUCUAAACAAGUUGAGAAAACAAAAGAGAUGCCAGAACCUUCUAAGGACGCCUUUGUGUCUGUACCAGCUAGAGGAAGGAGGGCAAAGAAACUUGAAGCCACAGCGCCGCCUGCUGUUAGACACACGACAAGAGGCUGGAAUGCAGAAGGCUCUGAAGCCAGAGAUAUUGAUACAACGGUGGAAGAAAGUCUCCCAGAGCCUUCAAAAGUUGCUUUUAAUCCAAGAAGAAGAAAUGUGAAAAGGAUUUUAGAUGAGGCAACAGAACUGGAACAGAACUCUGUUGCUGAAGAGGAAAUGACCCCAAAAGCUGCGAUUGACCCAAACCCAGCUGCUGAUGUAGAGAACAAAGCAAAUGGAAGUGCAGCACCUGUAGAGAAAGCUGUGCUGAAGCCCAAACGAGCAAGAAAACUUAAACAACCUGAAAAACCAGCACCACUAAAGCAGGAUCUUCCUAAAAAAGCAGAUCCAAAUAAAGACAUCAGUGUGCAGCCGGAAGCAUUGGUAAGCAAGAGUGUUACCUCAUCAGAUGCUGUUGAAAAUGUCCAGGUUCCUGAAACUGUGAAGCUACCUGAAGAGGAGAAAGCAGAUACCAAAGUUACAGAAAUUAGUUUGACUCAGAGGAAAUCUGUGCGAGGCAAAAUGGUUAAACCCAUGGAAGCAAAAGAAUCUGAGGAUGCACUCAAAGCUGAGGAAAAUUCCGAUAAGCCUGUUGUUCUUGCUCCAGUCAGGGGAAGAAGAGGAAAGAAAAUAGAAGCAACAGCGCCCCCUGCUGUUAAACAAAGUAAAAUAACCCAAAAUGUGAGGUUGCAAAGCACUGGUGAUCAGCAAGCUGUUGAAGCACAAGUGAUAACCGUCAUUUCCACUGAAGUCGUGACUGUCCAAACAUCAGAGAAUUCGAAGGAAAAGACAAAGAAUCCUAGAACUUCAGCAAAGGAAGUGACUGCAAAGCCACUCAGGGGAAGAAAAUCUAAAGUAGCAUCCACUGAACCAGAAAAACCUGAAAUGGAUGCAAAUGCUGAACCUCCACAACCCAUUCCUUCAUUUGGCAAACCCAGGAGAGGAAGAAAAAACAAAUCUGAUGUUGAAGAGCCAACUGAGGUGGCAGAAGACACCAGUCUUACUGUGGAGACCAAGCAUCCGGCUCAGCCUCCAGUGAGGGCUAAAAGAGGAAGAAACACUCUAAAGAAAGAGGAAGAACAGAUUAACAAUGACAGGAUAACUUCUCAAGAGACCUCUGAGCCGUCCAAGAAAUCGCGGAGAACAAGAAAACUAAAAGAUGAUCUUGAGUUAACUGAGAUUGUUCCAGUGACGGAACAAACUCCUAUUGCUGAACCAGUGGGUGAACAGAGUGCUGUCGCUGCAAAACCCAGGAGAGGGGGGCAAAAAGCAAAACCAGAUGCUGUCACUCAAACCCCUGUAAAGUCCAAAGUGCUCCAUGCUGAUACUACAGAGAAACCAAAACGAGGUAGAAAAGAAGAACAAAUCACUCAGAAAACCAUCACUGCAGAAAAUCCUAAACAAGAAGAAAUCUCUGUGGCAUCUCCCCAAAUCGUUAAACCUAGCAGGGCAAGAGGGGUGAAAAAGGAGGUUUUACAAACCAUUCCAGUUAAGAGAGGGCGUCGGGUUGCAGCUCUUCCUUUGGAGGAACAUACAGAAGAGCCUGUAUUACAGGCAUCAGAGUCUGCUCCAGAACCAGUUGUACCAGCAAAAAGACGAAGACAGGCUGCAGGAAAGUCUAAAGCAGACAAAGAGGCUGUGGAGACCAGUGGUGAGGGAACACCCUCUGAAAGCUUGAAGGCUAAUGUCCAAGAUUCAAAGGCAACCAAAAGAUCAGUCAAGUUUAAAUCUGACCUGGAAAUCCAUGAAAUUCCAAAAGCUACGCCGGUGAAGGCCGUUCGAGGCAGGAGGUCAAAAAUUACAGACCAGGCUGAUGCUAGCAACAAAGAUGGAACAAAGGAGGCUAACAACGUUGAAGAGAAGAAGCUCUCAGAUGAUGUCGUCAAGGCACAACCUUUUAAGAGAGGAAGGGGAGGAGUUAAGGUUGCUGAGGUGACAGCAGAAGAUACUGAAGCACAGCCAAAAACCCGACGGGGGAGAUCAGCAAAUAAAUAAACCCCUUUUGUAAAUAUUCAAAAUCUUAAUUGCGGUUUUCCUAAAUAUUUUUGUACUUCUAAAUUUUAGAUUUGAGGGCAUUGCAGAGUAUAGUUUUAUUGACUAAAAAUUGAGCACUGCUUUUUACCAACAUACAAUUUGUUUAAAUUCUUGUUUCACUUUUUUACAAGUUGUAAUCUUUCCCUGGUUUCUUCAAAUAUGUUAUUGGUGGGGGAAAAAAAAUAUUAAAUUUUUUUUACUACAGUA